AACUAAUCAAGCCAGCGUCCGCCAUUACAAAAACGAAGCUUGUUUUCAUGUCUUUAUCAUAAGAUGGCACAAAGAUUUCCAGCUAAUGCUGGAACUCCAAAUUCGGCGCCUUCGCCACAAAGAUAUCAAGGACCCGGACAAGCGGUUCCACCCUUGAGACAAUAUGCUGGGCCCAAUUUUCCAUUACAACAACGCCCCGGGGGCUUCUCGGGCGGCAGCGGGGCAGGAGGGCCACAAGGGGCUGGGGGUCCCCCCGGCGGCAGGGGUCAGGGCGGUGGGGCCGGUGGCCCCUAUGGUGGCAGCGGGGGCGGUCCGAUGGGGGCCAGAGGCGGUGGCAUGGGGCAACAAGGAGGCGGAAAACGACCCAAUGAUAGUCGGGGGUCACCGCAGCAAAAUAAGGGUGGUGCCAACUGCGGCACAGGCGGCGGAGGAGUGGGCGGAGUCAACAACAGUGCUGCCAACUGUCAGGGUGGCAGCAGCAAGAAGAAGAAGAAGUUGGCCGACAAAAUCCUGCCGCAAAAGGUGCGCAACCUGGUGCCCGAGUCGCAGGCCUACAUGGAUCUGUUGGCUUUCGAGCGGAAACUCGACUCCACCAUCAUGCGCAAACGGCUCGACAUACAGGAAGCUCUGAAACGACCGAUGAAGCAGAAACGGAAACUGCGCAUCUUCAUAUCGAACACAUUCUACCCCGCCAAGGAGGCAGGGGGAGGAGUAGGGGGAGAUGGUGGUGGGGCUCCUCAAGAAGAGGGCAGUGUUGCCUCCUGGGAGCUCAGAGUUGAGGGUCGGUUACUGGAGGACGCCAAAAACGAUCCAAAUAAGGUGAAGCGCAAAUUUUCGUCGUUUUUCAAGUCGUUGGUGAUCGAGCUAGACAAGGACCUUUAUGGACCAGACAACCAUCUGGUCGAGUGGCAUCGCACUCCCUCCACACAGGAGACUGACGGAUUUCAGGUGAAACGUCCCGGCGACAAGAAUGUCCGAUGCACAAUUCUACUGUUGCUCGACUACCAACCGCUUCAGUUCAAGUUGGACCCGCGGCUGGCUCGCCUCCUGGGGCUGCAUACCCAGACAAGGCCCAUCAUCAUCUCGGCACUAUGGCAGUACAUCAAGACUCAUAAACUGCAGGACGGACACGAGCGUGAGUUUGUGAACUGUGACAAAUAUCUGGAGCAGAUUUUCGCGUGUCAACGCAUGAAGUUCGCCGAAAUUCCGACGCGGCUCAACCCUCUCCUCCAUCCGCCCGAUCCGAUCGUUAUCAACCACAUUAUCAGUGUGGAAGGCACAGAGCAAAAGCAGACAGCCUGCUACGACAUUGACGUUGAAGUUGACGACACGUUGAAGGCGCAGAUGAACAACUUUCUGCUGUCAACUGCUUCCCAGCAGGAGAUACAGGGCCUGGACAACAAGAUACACGAAACAGUUGAGACCAUCAACCAGUUGAAAACUAACCGCGAGUUCUUUCUGAGCUUCGCCAAGGAUCCGCAACAGUUUAUCAACAAGUGGAUUGUUUCGCAGACCAGGGAUCUCAAGACAAUGACGGAUGUGGUUGGCAACCCUGAGGAGGAGCGCCGCUCCGAGUAUUACUACCAACCUUGGGCCCAGGAGGCGGUCUGCCGCUAUUUCUACACUAAAGUGCAACAGAAGCGAGCCGAGUUGGAGCAGGCACUCGGAAUCAGGAACAACUAGUGGCCUAUCUAGUUGACAACUAUAUAUAUCUGUGGUGUGUGGACGUUGACAAAGCAUCUAAAAGUUGAAUCAUUCCCACCCAAAUUCUUGACUCAGCACCGUUAGAUUGUGUUUUGACAUAAUCUUAUGAUUAAUUCUCUAUAGAAGCGAGCCGAGUUGGAGCAGGCACUCGGAAUCAGGAACAACUAGUGGCCUAUCUAGUUGACAACUAUAUUAUAUCUGUGGUGUGUGGACGUUGACAAAGCAUCUAAAUUUUAAACCAUUCCCACCCAAAAUCUUGACUCAGCACCGUUAGAUGUUUUGUCAUAAUCGUAUGAUUAAUUCUUAAUUUUUUCUCAUCAAUACAGUUUUAUAAAAUUUAGGCUGAGCCCACACCGGUUAGUCAAGACAAAACUAUAGUGAGGUCCACGUUAUAAUGGCAGUGAAGGAAGAUACGAGAACAACGUUGGCAAAUUGACUCCAUUUUGCCACUGAGUGUACACAGUUGUUAUUCAAUUCAUCCCAUUAAAUUUGAUCUGAUAUUAAUAUCAAUUCCUUCAAUUAAAUUAUAAAUUUCAUGUCAAAUUAAUAUUAAAUCCAUCAAUAAAAUCUAAUUUUUUCAUAAUUUGAUUCUAAACUUUGCUUACAUAACUGAGAUCAGAUUUACAAACCUGAAACCUAAAAUAUUUCUGGCAAACUGACAACAUUGCAAAGCUAGAGAGAGAUAGUGCUAUCUGUUUUGUUGCAUUUUAGACAACAACACUAUUAUCAAUCAUACACUGACAUUAUAACGUGGACCUCACUAUAGUCUCAAUACUUCACAUAGUUGCUUAUGAAGACAUGUCUAAUUGCAAUGACUAAUCAGUGUGAGUUGUGUCACAAGCAGCUAUGUGAAGUAUUGUGACUAAACGUGUCUGAUCAUGUCUUGUCUUGUCUUGACUAACUGGUGUGUGCCUAGCCUUACUAGCAUAGGCUUAUAAAAACCAUAAUCUUGAAAGCUGUAAAUAUUAUUUGAUAUACAUACGAUUCUCGAGAAUGAUUUUCAUAUAUCUGAGUUCGAACACCACUUUUCUUUUGUUUCUAAAUAUUGUACUCCUUUUUAUAAUUAAACUGUGGAUUUUAUAACUAUCAUUAAACUUUAUAUAUAUUAUGAAUCGAU